UUGUAAUAGAGUGUUCCUUUGUUACGGGGUUGGGAAAUAUGGAAGUAGAAAAUGGAAAUGGAGAAGGGAAAGGUUGUAGUGGAGAAGGUGAGAGGAAAGUCAACAGUGAUAAGAAGCUUCUCAAAGUAUCCACUUAAAUUCAUUAUCCCAAGAAAGGUUGGUUCUUCCAUUACCGAUGCUGUCUGGAUUUACAGCCUCACCUAUGGCGGUGGCAUUGUCUCCGGGGAUUCUAUUUCAGUUGAAUUUACAAUUGGAGAUGGCUGCACUGCUGUUCUUACUACCCAAUCCUCUACAAAGGUCUACAAAUCUUUGGGAUCCAAGUGUUCUGAACAAGUCUUGGAGGCAAGAAUUGGUAGUGGUGCUCUAUUUGUAGUCAUUCCGGAUCCAGUAACAUGUUUUUCCACAGCAAGAUAUUCUCAGAAACAGGUCUUCAGAGUGGUGUCCGACUCAAGUUUGAUCAUUGUAGAUUGGUUUACAAGCGGCCGUCAUGAGAGUGGGGAGAAAUGGGAUUUUGAACUUUAUCGGAGCAGCAACUGCAUAUUUGCCGAAGGCAAUCAACCUGUCUUUCUUGACACCGUCUUGCUAGAACAAUCUAGCCCGGUGGAUAUAGCAGAAAGCAUGCACGAGUACCAAGUCAUCGCAAUGGUCUUAAUCUAUGGCCCAAAGUUGAAGCAUGUUCAGGACCAAGUUCAAGAAAAUGUGAAGAGGUUAAUGUCUCAGCAAUUACAGAUUCCUUCCACUAGGUUGGGGUGCUGUGCUAAAACAAAUUCGGAUAAUUGUUUGGUCAGGCCAGCAUUUAUUGCUUCCUGCAGUGCCUUUGGUCCUAAGGGAAUGGGUGUGGUUGUUCGUGUAGCUUCUACAACAACUGAGGCAGUUUAUAGAUUCCUGCACCAUCAAUUGGCUGGGAUGGAGCCCCUUCUUGGUGUCUCACCCUAUUCUUGAACACCCACUGUCAUUUUCUUUUUUUGUUAUCUGAUUUCAAUAACUUAGCUUGUUGUCUUUGGACAAAAGACUUCCGGUGGCAUCAGGUUCGGAUUUGAUCUUUGAACAUUCCCACCCUUAAAAGGAAGUUAUAAUUGGUUCUUUCAUUCACUUGUUUUAUCUUUCUAAGUUGCUGAAAUUAGUUAAUAAUUGUUCAUACAAGCAGCAUCAUGCGCAUGGAAAAUGUCAUUUUCUUAAUAACUAAUUCAAGCUUAAAUAAUACAAGUAUGGCAAUCCCACUCACGAAUGAAUUAAUGCACCAUAAACCUCAAAUUCCAUGACUCGACAAUGAUAUAUGAAUACAACAAUAUAACAGUCACAAGCGUCAACAUUAUUGCAAAAAUCUUUAAUUCCUACAUUUUGCAUUUUUCACCCACUCUUCAUCCACUCCAUCUAAUUACAUCCAUGCCGUACAAUGGAUCUUACAUCAUCAACCCAAAUACACUGCACAAAUCAUCUAGAAUGUGUGGCUACGUUACAAAGUUGAACUAAAAUGCGAUU